AUGCGAUCGUUUUUGGGGGCCAUCAACUACUACGGCAAGUUCGUCCCCAACAUGCGCAUGCUACGCUCCAGCUCAAAGUUCAGCUGGAGUCCGGAGUGCCAGAAAGCGUUCGACCGGUUCAAGCAGAUUCUCUCGUCGGAUCUUCUCACACACUACGAUCCGAAGCGGGAAAUCAUCGUUUCUGCUGACGCUUCAUCCGUUGGACUUGGGGCUACCAUCAGCCAUAGGUUCCCCGAUGGAACCAUCAAGGUGGUCCAACAUGCAUCCAGGGCGCUCACGAAGGCAGAACAGGGCUACUUCGGCUCUAAGAAGGGAAUUCCAGUGUACACUGCGAACCGCCUGCAACGCUUCGCCCUCAACUUGCUGCUCUACGACUUUGAGAUCGAGUACGUGUCCACUGAGAAAUUCGGCAACGCAGAUCUGCUCUCCCGGUUGAUCGACCAGCACAUCAAGCCUGAGGAGGACUACGUCAUCGCGAGUCUCAAUCUGGAAGAGGAUAUUAGGUCUGUAGUAACUAAUACGGUUAAAGUGUUGCCUCUCAAUUUCAGAGUCGUUGCGCAAAGCACCCAAGCAGAUCCGCUGCUCCGUCAAGUCCUCCGCUACGUUCAGAACGGCUGGCCACAGUCAACACUCGAUGGGUCAGAACUUCGCCGGUUCCAAUCAAGGCAGGAAUCGCUCUCUGUGGUGGAUGGGUGUAUUUUGUUUGCCGAACGACUCGUUAUCCCGUCGCUGCAUCGGAAACGAUGCCUCGAACAGCUGCACCGUGGCCAUCCGGGCAUGCAGCGAAUUAAAGCCAUCGCUAGGAGCUACGUGUACUGGCCUACGUUGGAUGCCGACAUCGUCAGCUUCGUCAAGGCAUGCCAGCAGUGUGCGUCUGUAGCUCGAUCACCUCCUCACUCUCCACCGGUGCCGUGGCCCAAAUCGACCGCUCCGUGGCAACGCGUCCACGUCGACUUCGCCGGUCCAAUCGAAGGCGACUACUACCUGCUCGCUAUCGAUUCGUUCUCUAAGUGGCCCGAGAUCAUCCGAACGACCCGCAUCACCUCUGCUGCGACCAUCAGCAUCUUGCGUGGGUUGUUCGCGCGGCUGAGUAUGCCCGUAACCUUGGUCAGUGACAACGGUACCCAGUUUACCAUCUCCGAAUUCGCCGAUUUCUGCGCUUCCAAUGGCAUCGAGCACCUCACGACAGCACCGUUUCAUCCACAAUCGAAUGGCCAGGCGGAACGAUUCGUGGAUACCUUCAAGCGGGCCGUCAAGAAAAUCCGAGAGGGGAGAGGAUCCAUUGGAGAAGCACUGGAUGUCUUCUUGCUGACGUACCGAUACACGUCCAGUCGUGCUCUGCCGGAUCAGAAGUUGUCAUCUGAGAUCAUGUUUGGUCGCAAAAUCCGAACGUGUCUCGAGCUUCUGCGUCCACCACCGGUACGUGUCCCAGUGCCAAACGACGAUGACCGCAAGCAACCGAGGUCCUUCAACCGAAACGAGACCGUGUACGCCAAACUACAUGGUCGUACCGGUUGGAAGUGGGCUCCUGGUGUCGUCGUCGAGAAGAUCGGAAACGUUAUGUGCAACGUGUGGGUCGAAGAUCGCCGAAUGCUACGCUCGCAUAUCAACCAACUUCGGAGUCGCCUUGCUGCUGACGCGAUACCGAAGCAACCCGCUGUGCAUGCCACCUUAAACCAGCAUUCGCUGCCGCUGGACAUUCUGCUGGAUGCCUGGGAUCUCCCAAGCCAAUCACCAGGUCCAUCUUCACCAGAGCCUGUCUCCAGUGCUGAGAAAACCAUGGUAGGUUCCGGGCCGACUCUUGCAACGUCUACGCCACGUCAUGUGGUCUCGGCGUUUGUCCCGUCAUCAGCAUCGUCAUCAUCAACAACAACAACGCCAACAUCGACCGAGUUCGAGUCCGCUGUCGAAGUAGAACUAGCUGUAGACAUCCCUAGGUGCUCUUCACAACUACGAAGACCGUCAGUAAGGUUUGAUCCGUACCACCUCUAUUAA